AAUGUUAACUAAAAGUGCUAAAGGUGAUCAAUUGCAUUAAACUAUUACUACAGUAUUAAAUAAAAUCAUAAAACUAGAUCAAUUAUAAAUCACUCAUAACUUCAGAGAAAAGAUCUGGUGAAAUACCAUAAUAUAUGAAUAGUAAAUGUAAAAUAAAACUUCGUAAAGAAAAAAUUUAUUUACCAUAUUUACAUAUUAGAGAACCCUCUCUACCUACCUUAAAAUCUCCUCUAAAUAAAUAAUAACAAAUAAACAGCAUGAGUUGGAUAUCAUUAAUUUAAGUUCAGAAUAAACCUAGAGAAAGAUCAAUUUCUAUUGCAAAUGAAACCUAUUUUCAAAGAACAAGAUAAGUUAGUUUCUUAGAGAAUCUUCUAAAAUAACUUAAUAAAAAUAAAAGAUAAUCUUGA